CUUUCCAAUUCACUAUACAUUUUAAUUGUAUUCAACGUGAUUGUUGUUGCAGGUGAAACCAAACAUUAUAUCUGAUCCACCAAUUAUCAUAGAGUUGGCAGAUUUGGCUCGCCUUUGAAUAAAAGGCUGACCUGAAAUUUUGCUGAAGAUUCAACUGAUUGAUUUGAAAUUUCAAUUGAAGUAUCAAGCAACUAUUUAACGUUUCAAAAUGUUCCAGCCUUGGCCAAACUGAGUCUUUUUGGAGGAUAUGGUGUCGGAACGUUCGUGGUUGGCAUCAUCUCGGAUAAUUUUGGACGGAAAACGGGCCUUAUUAUCUCCUCUCAGGCUCUUCUUUGUUCAGGGAUCAUGGUCACUUUCAUGCCCACCUUUCUCGGAUUUACCAUUCUCUGGUUCAUUGUUGGUGUGUCGUGUAUUGCUGUAUUCACCGUGGGAUUUGUCUGGAGUUUGGAACUUGCCGCUCAAGAUUCCAAGAUUGUUGUCACCUUGAUGACAGGCAUUAUCUUCUCCUUGGGACUCUUGCUUGGCAUUUCGUUUGCUUAUUGGGUUCGUGACUAUAGAGCAUACCAUCAAGUUUUCGCGGGAUUACACCUUAUCACACCCAUUUUGCUUAUCCUGAUUCCUGAAAGUCCACGAUGGCUCGUCUCACAGAAAAAAACCGAAAAACUGGAGGAAGCUAUCUGCACAUUGACUAAAAUAGCCAAAUCCAAGAAAUUGCAGUUUGAUCCAAUUUCAUUCAAGUGUGGUGAGUUAACUAAACAUGCAAUCUCAGACGAUGUGGACCAUUUCAGUUUCAUCUUGACCAAGCCCUUGCUAAGAACAAGGGCAUUCACCAUGUUUUUUUGUUGGAUCACGGUCGCAUUUGUGCUAUACUCAAUAAGCAUGAACAUGAAAAGUCUUACGGGAUCGCUUUUCCUUAACAUGGCAUUAACAGGAAUUUUUGGUUUCAUGGGAAAAAUUGCUGGAUUCCUGAUCCUUGCCAAAUUUUUGACUCGGAAAUAUCCAUUUAUCAUCAUGUUCCUCAUUACUGCUGUGACUUGUGGAUUAUGUUCAACGUUGGACCCAUUGGAUCCCACGCAAAGAUCGGUUUUAUCAGGCCUGGUUGUCUUGACGAUAAUGUGCCUUUCUUGCAUUUUCUCCAUUAUAUGGCUAUAUACGGCUGAAAUGUAUCCAACCGCUAUCAGGUUAGAUAUAUGUUGCAUAUCUCAUAACGGGAAUAAUUUUACUCAGAUGUUCUUUAGGAAUUUUGGCGUAGGUUCGAGCUCAUUGAUGGGACGAAUCGGUGGAGCAGGGUGCGCUUUUAUCGCGUACUUAAUUGAGAUCCACCCUGGUUUGCCAUUCAUGGUCUUCUCUGGAAUGUGCUUGAUUGCCGGAUGUUUGGCUUGCUCCUUGCCAGAAACGGGCACACUGCCUCCACCAAGUUCCAUGAAAGAAAUCGAGCAACGAGAGAGAUAAUUCCAACCCAAAAGACAUUGUUUGGAGCGAGUUAUUUUAGCCUUGGCCAUGGUUUUCUUUGGUCUGCCAUCGAUCGGACGUUCAAUGGGCUCCUUGAAGCAAUUCUCAUGCAUGUUUGUUGACGAAAACUUCAACGUACUUUAAGAUGCUUUUUUAUCCUUGAGGUUGCGUGUAAAUAAUAACUGUUAUUUAUUACAACUCUUGGUCGUACCAUGUCGUAAAAAUGUAAAAAUAUUUACAAAGUUGGUUGAAUGUAUAAAUAAGAAAUA